AUGGCGAGCCCCAACCCCAACAUCACACUCCCCAAAUCCUACAAUGACCUCCCCUUCACGCAGAUAAAAACCCAGCACUACGAAAAGGACCCCUCCAUCAUCAUCCUCACGCUAUAUCGCCCCAAGAACAACAAUGCCUUCACGAACACCAUGAUGCUGGAGAUCGAGCAGGCGUACAGCAUGUUCAACAUUGAUGACCGCGUGCGUGUUAUCGUAGUUACGGGCCACGGACGCAUCUUCUGCGCAGGCGCAGAUCUGGAGAUUGGUUUCAGGAAGACGGAUGAGGCGGCAAAUGAGCAUAGGGAUGGCUUCGCAGGCCACAUGCCCAACAACGCCGUGAAGGGAGAAAAUACUAACCAAACCACUCCACGCAGCGGCGGCCGCGUAACCCUCGCCAUCCACCACUGCCGCAAGCCCACCAUCGGCGCCCUGCAAGGCUCCGCCGUCGGCAUCGGCAUCACCAUGACGCUCCCCAUGAACAUCCGCGUCGCCUACAAGGGUGCAAAAAUCGGCUUCGUCUUCGCCCGCCGCGGCCUCAUCAUGGAAGCCUGCUCGUCCUUCUUCCUGCCCCGGCUCAUCGGCCACUCGCGCGCCAUGCAGGCCGUCACCACGGGCCAGACGUAUCUGGCUAGCGAUCCCGUGUUCCGCGAUUUGUUCGCGUAUACGAUGGAGAGGCCUGAGGAGGUGCUGCCCAAGGCGCUCGAGAUUGCGGAGGAGGUGGCGAGGAAUACGAGUACGGUGAGCACGUUUCUUAUGAAGGAGCUUAUGUAUCGUGAUGCUGGGAGCGCAGAGGGCCAGCAUUUGUUGGAUUCUAGGGUUAUUUAUGAGCUAUUCCAGACUCCGGAUAACAUGGAAGGAGUUGAGUCUUUCUUGCAGAAGAGACCUCCCAAGUUCACGGGUACCAUGGAGAACACAAAUGUCUUAGCAUAUCCGUGGUGGAUGCCAAUCGAUGUUAGAGCCAAGGGAGGUCCUGUAGCCAAGCCGAAGAUUUAGAAGGUUUCUGAGGCAUGGUGUCCAUGGUCGAACUGAAACGAAAACGAAUCGAGUCGUCAGCAAUCAUUUCUUCAUUGCUAUCUCACCCACAUGGUGGCCAUGCGCUGGUGCUCUAGGACUCGGGUAUUCCGUCCCGACACACAUUUGUGCCGUCACACCCUCUCACCACGCCCUUUUCGCCUGAUUUGGAUUGAACAUUUUAGGGAUUUUGAUUCGUGCCUAGUAUACUUCAUCCUUGAAGCCAUGCAGAAGAACCCCCAAAAGCCAUAUCAUCCGGGCCCAUCCAGUUUGCACUCCACAGAAGGAAAACACGCUUAGAAGAAAGUCGAAGGUCGGCGGGCAGCAAAGAUCUUCUUGCUGGUGGUCUUGUUGACACGGUGGGGCAGA